AUGGCUAAUCGAUUGCCGCGUCACAUAGUGCGAGACUAUCAACAAGAACAACAACAGCAGCGGUCACAGCAGCAAUACUAUGAUAAACAACCAGAUGAACUUUUAGCACCGUCACCAUCGACUACAAUAAAAAGAAGUUAUUCAACGGGCGGCAACGGUGGAAGUAUAUCAGCAGCAGCUUUUAAUGCUCUCUCGGGCUUGCAGCACAUUACGAGCAAUGGCAAUGUCGGCCAUAACUAUGAAUCUGCUAUAAAGGACUCGGCAUUCCAUCCACAAUACACCGAAGCGAAACCCAUUUAUGAGCAACACUCUGACAAUAGCGAAUACGGUAAUUAUGGUGGCGCUGGGGUUGAUAGUCAUGCUUUGCAUUCCGCUAUUUAUAAUUUACAAACGGCUGGUGCGCAUAACAGUGAUGCAAGUAGCAGCGGAAGUGACAGCAGCUACAUACACCCUUGGAGUGUAAGUAAACUGACAGCUUCCUCAGUUUCAUCGCCGCCGUCCGCUUCAGCUUCGGCAUUUCACAAACUCUCAUCGUCAAGCUUCAAUGAUAAAAUCUCUGAGGGCAAUUUUCUGCAUCAUUACGAUUCAUCUUCCGGUUACAAUGAACUUUCACAGCAACCGCACAGCUAUGUUAGUUCGGUUGAAUCGCAUUCCGGACCCUCGUCAAGCGGUGGCGGCGGUGGGGAUUCGUACACUUCAAGCAGUUACGAGCAUGAUGAACAUGAACAGGAUAACACAAAUUUCGCCGCCUCUCUGCCGGCAUCUUCACACUCUCAUACCGAUGUUAUUAAUUAUGUUCCAUAUCCAGUGGUCAAGAAAUUGCAUGUUCCCGUUUCCGAACCAAUUAAAAUACCGGUAUCGCAUGCUGUUAUAAUACCCGUAAGUAAACCGGUACCUAUUCAUGUACCCGUUACUCAAACCGUACAGGUGCCCGUUGAAAAAGAACUAAAAAUACCUGUCGAACGGGUAAUACCGUAUCCCGUCGAGAAACAUGUACCAGUCCCAGUCGAGAAAAAAGUGCCGUACACGGUGGUAAAAUAUAUGCCAAUUAAAGUGCCCCAGCCGUUCCCCGUUAAGGUGCCUGUCUUCAAGACUAUUUUGCACAAAAUUAAAAAUAGUUGGUAA